AUGUCAGACUUAACAAUUACGUUGCAUAUAGUUAGAGAACGAAUAACAACUAUUGUUGUUCCUUCAUAUAUUGUUCUUGGUAUUCUUGGAAAUGCAUUUUGUAUUUUCUAUUUCUUACAAAAAAAUCAACGUUCAAGUUCAUGUGCAUUUCAUCUUUUACUUGUUGCAAUUAUAAAUAUAAUUACAGUUAUAUUUGGCGUUACAGCAGCUCUAUUGGAUCUUUGGGAUCCAAUAUCAUCAAAACUUCUUCUUUACUGCAGAUUACGCAUAUACAUCAAUCAUACAUUACUAUUAAUUCGAAGAAUUUUUACAGUUUUAGUUUCAAUUAACACAUAUACAAUGGCUUCAGAAAGACUUACAUGUCGGAUGUUUACUCAACAAUCGAAUGCGAUUAAAUAUGCUAUUGGUGUAGUUAUCUCUUCUCCUUUAAUUACUAUUCAUAUACUAAUUAUGCUCACAACUAUUUCUAGUCAACGUAUAAUGCCUGAUAUGUAUUCAUUGAUAUUCACCAUUUAUCAGUUGUUAAUUGCUGGCAUUAUCCCAUCAUUGACAAUGAUUAUAUUUAAUUAUCUUGCACGAUUUAAUAUGAGAAGAUCGACGAUGCGUUAUAAUAAUAUAGUAAAACGAGAACAAGAACAUCAACAUUUACGUAUAGUAACAAUUCAGAUUAUUAUUUAUAUUAUUUCAGCUGAACUUGCGCCACUUACAAAAGUUUGUGUUCAAUUAACAACAAAUAUAGCAGAAAAAAGUCAAGAUCGAAAAGCUAUUGAAGCAUUUGUCACAUUUAUUGCAAAUACGUUUCUUUUGUAUCUGAACACAUGGGCACCCUUUUUUAUUUAUCGUUUUAUCACAUUUUAA